CGUCCUCCGAGCGCGCCGGGCCGCUGCAGCCGCGGCCGAGUUGAACCCAUCCACAGUAAUGGCCACGGCCUUACCUAGGACCCUGGGGGAGUUGCAGCUGUAUAGAAUAUUGCAGAAAGCUAAUCUGCUUUCUUAUUUUGAUGCCUUUAUCCAACAAGGUGGUGAUGAUGUCCAGCAACUCUGUGAAGCUGGAGAAGAGGAAUUUUUGGAAAUCAUGGCACUCGUGGGCAUGGCCAGCAAGCCUCUUCAUGUUAGAAGGUUACAGAAGGCUUUGAGAGACUGGGUUACAAAUCCUGGUCUUUUCAAUCAGCCCCUGACUUCCCUUCCUGUCAGUAGCAUACCUAUCUAUAAAUUACCAGAGGGCUCCCCAACAUGGCUGGGAAUAUCCUGCAGUAGCUACGAAAGGAAUAGCAAUACCCGGGAGCCGCAUUUGAAAAUCCCGAAAUGUGCUGCCACUACCUGUGUGCAGAGCUUGGGACAGGGGAAGUCGGAAGUGGGGAGCUUAGCACUGCAGAGUGUCAGUGAUUCCAGACUCUGGCAAGGACAGCACACCACAGAGAGUGAGCACAGUCUUUCCCCAGCAGACCUGGGCUCCCCAGCCUCCCCAAAGGAAAGCAGUGAGGCUCUGGAUGCUGCAGCUGCGCUCUCUGUGGCCGAGUGCGUGGAGAGAAUGGCCCCCACGCUUCCCAAAAGUGACUUGAACGAAGUGAAAGAGCUGUUAAAGAACAAUAAGAAGUUGGCCAAAAUGAUUGGUCACAUCUUUGAGAUGAAUGACGAAGAUCCACACAAGGAAGAGGAGAUUCGAAAAUACAGUGCAAUAUACGGCAGAUUUGACUCAAAAAGAAAGGAUGGAAAACACCUCACGCUCCACGAGCUUACUGUUAAUGAAGCAGCCGCUCAGCUCUGUGUGAAGGAUAACGCCCUGCUGACCAGAAGGGAUGAGCUCUUUGCACUGGCCAGGCAGAUUUCUCGAGAAGUCACCUACAAGUACACCUACAGGACCACCAAGUCAAAAUGUGGUGAAAGAGAUGAGUUAUCACCAAAAAGAAUUAAAGUGGAGGAUGGAUUUCCAGAUUUCCAGGAUUCUGUGCAGACACUCUUCCAGCAGGCCAGAGCCAAGAGUGAAGAACUUGCAGCUCUGAGUUCACAGCAGCCUGAAAAGGGGAUAGCAAAGCAGAUGGAGUUCCUGUGCACCCAGGCUGGCUAUGAGAGGCUGCAGCAUGCCGAGAGAAGACUGACUGCUGGGCUUUACAGGCAGAGCUCAGAAGAGCACAGCCCCAAUGGCCUGCCUUCUGAUGGCUCAGAUGGACAAGGAGAAAGGCCUUUGAAUCUCCGAAUGCCUAAUUUGCAGAACAGACAGCCCCAUCAUUUUAUGGUAGAUGGGGAGCUGAGUAGACUUUAUUCCAGUGAGGCAAAGUCCCACUCAUCAGAGAGCCUUGGGAUUUUAAAAGACUACCCUCACUCUGCUUUUACCUUGGAAAAGAAAGUCAUCAAAACAGAACCUGAAGAUUCAAGAUAGCUGUGAUUCUCCUGCUGUCCUCUGGAAAUGGCAUCAGAUUUAAGGAUAAUGCUCCAUCAUAGAAAUAAGCCUUAAUAACCAAUGUUGCCUCAUUCAGCUGAAACAGAUCUCAUAGCCAAAGCAUAAGGACUCAUACAGUAGUCUCUGGAAACCAGGAAGACAAAACAACCACCACAAAUGAGAAACUCAAGAGAGCAUUGCAAUUGGUAACAAAUACUGACCAAUUCACAUUCCUGUGUAAGUUGUUUUAUGUGGAAAGGCUUACGUUAAUAUUGUAAGCAUUCAUUAUUUAAGAAUGUACAAUGUGUUUGUGUAAUUUAUAGAAGUAAAAUCUAGGUGUUGAGACCUAUUUGGUCCUAAUAGAUGUGGAUGCAGUUUAUUUUACUUGAAAUUUGUUGUCUACUUCAAAUGUAUUUAGCGUAAAUAUUAUACGUCUGCAUUUAGCGUUUUUGCAGUCAUAAAAAGAAAGGUUAAGCAAUGUAGUUUUUGGCAAGGUGGCACUGACUGUAGAAAAAUGGAAAGAAAUAUUCAGUUUAAGACAAGGAAAAUAUUGUGUACUUAAUACUUGAUACAUUGAUUUUUGUUUAAAAGGAAAUGUGUAGCAAUCAUUAAAUAAUGUCGUUUCACUGGUUUAAUCAGUGCACAAUUAAAAGAUAUUGGAGGAUAGUUAAAAAGAUGGCACAGAUUGUAUUAUAGUUACUUAAGAUGUAACAAAGAUAGGAAGCUGUUCCUUGGUCUGAGAACUUGAAACAAAUGGACUAAUGUGUACAAGCCUUGACUUAAGCAUUGAUAUUUCAGAAUGUUAAAUAAAUUGAGACAUAGUAUGUCAACCCUAAAUGUGGUGAACAUGAUGAUGGGGUGUUGAUGUGGGGUGUGUCUUUUUGUUUUGAGCUCUGCUUUCGAUCAUGACUGUGUAAUAAAUACUAAGUCGUAAUCUGUAAUACUGAAGUUUGUCAGCCAUAUUAGAUGAAGUGUCUGCACUGUAGUCUCUGAUCACCGUCAUCUAUAUAAUUACAUUUUCAUUUUGGCUUGUAGAAGAACUUUACAGUAGAAACACCAGUAAACAACUUUACUACUAAAAGGCUUUUUUCCCUCCCUCAAUGUUUUGAUUAUACCAUAGCAUUUUCCCCAUUGAAGAAGUUCUUACAGACCUUGCAACUCUGUUGCUAGCUUGAGGUUGAUUAUUGUGAUUGUAUUGUUCACUGUGUGUAGGACUAGUGUGAGUACCACUUAGAAUGUUCAGUUUUAAUAUUAGCCAUAGCACUGGUUAGUAUCUCAGUAGUUUCAUGAAACGUUUCCUGUAUUCUAAUCUAUUUUGAGAAAUUUUGCGGUCUUUUUUUUUUUUUUUAAUCAUGUCUGACAGUUUCAAGUUUGUAGAUUUUAACAUGCAAGUUUUUAAAGAUGCAGUGAAUUAGAUGUUAUAACUAGUUGGUUUUUUUUCAUUAUGUUCAAGGUAUUUUCACUGAACAAGGUCAAUUGGUUACCUCAGUAUUAAAGCCAAUAUAGUCCAAGGGACCAUUUCUCCCCAAGUCUAUGUUAUACUGUAUUGUGUGACUCCUGCAUUUUUGUGAUUCUUAAAACUGUUGGUGAGAUGGGAUGAGUGCACCUGCUUCCUGUGGCAAUAAAGAUUCUCUGUGCCUCACAAA